AUGGGGAUGGGCGGGGGGAUGCGCCUGAGCCGCGUCUGCUGCGUUUUCUACCAGCUGUGCGUCCUGUCAAGCGGGCUCGCCGCAGGUCUCCAUGCUUCAGAAGAAACUGAGGAAUGGGAGAUCGUCUUCCCCGCACUGUGGAGCAGGGGCCAGCAGGAGCCGACGGGUGGCAGUGGUGGUGGUGGGGGCUGCAGCACCGACCCCAGCUGUGGGAACCGGAGCAGCACCCUCAGCGCCCCCGUCACAACUAGCCCAGUGGCCGGCAGCUCCCGGGAGGUGCGUUCAGUCUCCUCUUCAGUGGAGGGGCAAGUGCAGGCUGCAGAGGAGGUGGCAGAGGAAGAGGACACUGAGGAUGAGUAUGAGUCUCAAGAGUUUUACCACUGGUCCCCCCUGCCCCAAGGGUCUGGUGCUGCCUCUCAGUUGCCACCGCCACCAUCGCCCCCGCCACCACCUCCAGCAGAGGAUGGAGAUGAGGUGUUGCUGAGGAUCCCGGCUUUUGCUCGGGAGCUCUACCUGCUGCUGAAGAGGGACAGCCGCUUCCUGGCUCCUGGCUUUGCUGUGGAGGAGCGGCUUGGGGGUGAGGGCAAAAGCCCACCCAGCGCUGCGCAGUCGCAACCUGAGAGAGCUUGUUACUACAGUGGUGCUGUCCUCCGCUACCCGGGCUCCUUUGCCUCCUUCAGUACCUGUGGUGGAUUGAUGGGGUUUAUACAGAUUAAUGAGGACUUCAUAUUUAUUGAGCCACUCAAUCGCACUUUGGCUGUGACAGGUCAUGCACACAGGGUGUACAGACGAAAAAGGUCCAUAGAGGAGAGAAUUACUGAAAAGCCAGCUUCUCAGAAUCAGUACUGUGGUGUUGUUACAGAUAAAAGAAAAUCCAAGAAUCAAAAAGCAUCUGAAAGUGGAAGAGGAAAACGAUACUCUUACAAGUUACCUCAGGAGUACAACAUAGAAACUGUUGUAGUGGCGGAUCCAGCUAUGGUGUCAUAUCAUGGAACAGAUGCUGCCAGAAGAUUUAUUCUAACCAUUUUAAACAUGGUUUUUAACCUUUUCCAGCACAAGAGCCUUGGACUGCAAGUAAAUCUUCGUGUGACUAAGCUUAUCCUCCUUCAUGAGACUCCAGCAGAUAUGUAUAUUGGACAUCACGGGGAAAAAAUGCUGGAAAGCUUUUGCAAAUGGCAACAUGAAGAAUUUGGCAAGAAGAAUGAUAUACACUUAGAAAUGUCAACAAGCUGGGGAGAAGACAUGUCUUCAGUUGAUGCAGCCAUACUGAUCACAAG